CUCACUUUCCUUCGCUAAAAUUUCAAAACCAGCUCCUUUCCUGGAUCAUCCCCGCCCAUGGAAGAGAUCCCUCUCAUCAACCCUCGCAAGCUGGAGCAUAGCUCUGUCUGCUCCAUGCAGCUGCCUGAAAGCCCAAAAGUUCCCAUGGAGUUCCUGUCAAGGUCGUGGAGUGUCUCAGCUCUUGAAGUCUCCAGAGCUCUCUCUUGCAUUUCUUCCAAUAAGUCUACCAAUAGUAGCUCCAGUUGCACCACCGCUUCUAUACUUGAGGAUAUUUCUGCUGAGAAUGAAGACACUAUUGCUCAUAGUAUUUCUGAGAACCAGUUUUCUUUCACAUCUUCUGCUACUUCCCAGCUAGUUCUUGAACGUAUCAUGUCACAAUCAGAAGUGUCACCAUUGACAUCCGGGAGGCUCUCACACAGCAGUGGACCUUUGAACUUGGCAGAAUCAGACAGCCCUCCAAUUUCACCUUCCGAAGAAUUUGACGAUGUGGUUAAGUAUUUCAAUUCACAGAACACCAUAAACACCUUAUUCAAUGGCGGUCGCGCUAGCGCAGGCAACGGCGGUAUCCCCGCUGCUGCUGGGACGAAGACUGUUGGGAGGUGGUUGAAGGAAAGGAAAGAGAAGAAGAAAGAAGAAACCAGAGCCCACAAUGCCCAGCUCCAUGCUACUGUUUCAGUAGCUGCGGUGGCCGCUGCUGUAGCAGCCAUAGCAGCAGCCACGGCUUCUUCUUCAGCAGCAGGAAGAAACGAGCAGCUGGCGAAGACUGACAUGGCUGUCGCCUCUGCGGCAACACUAGUGGCUGCACAGUGUGUGGAGGCUGCUGAGGCUAUGGGCGUUGAGCGCGACCAUCUCGCUUCAGUGGUGAGCUCCGCUGUGAAUGUCCGUUCCCAUGAUGAUAUAACCACUCUUACAGCAGCCGCAGCAACUGCUCUUCGUGGGGCGGCAACAUUGAAGGCAAGAGCAUUGAAAGAUGUUCUGAACGUUGCCGCAGUUAUACCGACAGAGAGAGGUCUGGGAAUUUGUGGUGCGGGAAAUAAUAAUGGGAACCAUAACCGAAACUGUAGCGGCGAGGUUGUCUGUGGAGAAAAUUUUCUGGGUGCCUGUAAUCUAGAGUUCCUUGCCAGGGGCAGUGAGCUUCUCAAACGUACCCGCAAAGGUGAUCUGCACUGGAAAAUCGUUUCUGUUUACAUUCACCGAUCGGGACAGGUGAUGCUGAAGAUGAAGAGCAGACAUGUCGCAGGGACCAUCACCAAGAAGAAGAAAAAUGUGGUGGUGGACGUGUGCAAGGACAUGGCUGCAUGGCCAGGGAGACACUUGUUCGAUGGAGGAGACGAGCGUCGAUACUUUGGAUUGAAAACAGCAACGAGAGGGAUUAUAGAGUUCGAGUGCAAGAAUCAGAGAGAACAUGAUAUCUGGACUGAUGGGAUUUCCAAGCUUCUCUCCAUUGUCUCCCAGAGGAAGAGGGGCGGUGGGCACUUCAGGACCAAGACAAUUGCUUAGGCUUUUCUUAUUUUAUUGAACCAAUGAGUUGUUAAUUUGUUUGUCCAUGUGAGUAAUAGCGUAGUAGGCCAUAGCCAUAAUGUAGAACUAUAUUAUUGACAACCUCUUUGGUUCAAAUUAAUUAAAAAAUUUUUAAAAUUUAC